AUGGCGAUGCCGGAAGACCAGCACAAGAAUCUCGAGUUAUUCCAGGACUGCCUAUCUACAGCCCUGAUUGAGAAGAUCUCACAACCGCAGUCCAAACCGAAGAAGAGGACGAAGUCUACUAAGAAAAGACCCGUCUCCGUCUCAUCCCCAUCUAAAUCUAAAGCCACCACAACUCGGCACGAUGACGACAACAAUGAGACCACAGCAGCAGCAACACCAUCCCCAUCCGCCACCACGACCCUAGACGACGAAACCACAGCAGAAGACCUGGCGGACUUCACAGACUACAUCGCCACCUCGACCUUCCAGUCCCUGCCCCCGGAGCUCAAAACUCUCGACUACUGGACCUACAGCAAAUCGCCCGCCCUGCAAUCCCGCUACGCCCUCCCCCUAACCGGCGCCGACGUGCCCGGUCUCCUCCCCACGCUCGACCCCUCGGUCGCCGACUCUUUGGCGGCGUACGGCAUCACGCGCGAGCCCGCGCAGGGCGUGGACGAGUUCCUGGCGCCUGUCCUCACUGCGUUCCUGACGGCGCUGUUCACGGCGCCGCCGCCGCCCAGUUCGACACGCGACGUUGCGCUGGAGAGCGGCUGUGAGAUCUGCGGGAGGGACUGGAUUGGACUUAAUUAUCACCAUCUGAUUCCGCGGUUCGUGCAUGCGAAGGCUUUGAAGCGGGGGUGGCAUCGUGAGGAGGAUUUGCAGAAUGUGGCUUGGUUAUGUGGAGCCUGUCAUAAGUUCGUGCAUCGGUUUGCGGACCACGAGGAGCUUGCGCGGAAGUACUACACCGUCGAGCUUCUGAUGCAGGAGGAGGAGGUGCAGCGGUGGGCGGGCUGGGUUGGGAGGUUGAGGUGGAAGGGUCGGUAG